UCACCUGUGCAACAGAUGGGAUGCGGCAGACGCAGGUGUUUCGGAAUCAUCGUUAGCGUAGCCAAGAAUCACAUGCCCAAUAAAUGUGGAUCCAGCAGACGGAUUGCUCAUAUCCUUCCGUUCUCAAUAGAGAGGUUCAAAAUGUUGGGGAGCUUGCUGGUUGCCUUGUUCUGUGGAACCACUGUGGCCCUGAUUGAUCCUAAUCUCGAUGAACAUUGGAUGGUUUGGAAGAAGACUCAUGGUAAAGUCUAUCCCCACAAGUUUGAGGAGCUGAAGCGGCGCAGUAUUUGGGAGGGCCAUUUCAACAUGAUCGAGCAACACAACAUGGAGUCAUUCCUUGGCGUUCACUCAUACCAGCUGGGCAUGAACCAUUUGGGUGACCUGGCGUCAGAGGAGCUUGUUGCCAUGCUCACCAGCACCCUGGAACCACGAGAACUGGACUUGGGCCCACGCAAAUGGCCUCUACUUCUCCAGACGCCCCUGCCAAAGUCUGUCGAUUGGAGGACCAAAGGUUUGGUGACUGAAGUGAAGAUGCAGGGACACUGUGGUUCCUGUUGGGCCUUCAGUGCAGUGGGAGCCCUGGAGGGGCAGCUGAAGAAGACGUCCGGCUCGCUGGUGUCCCUGAGCGCCCAGAACCUGGUGGACUGCGCUGCCAAGUACAGGACCUACGGCUGCAACGGCGGCUUCAUGACCAACGCCUUCCGAUAUGUGAUCGACAACCAAGGCAUCGACUCUGAGAAGGACUAUCCAUAUGAGGGCAAAGAAGGCCAUUGUCGUUAUAACCCCAGCUAUCGAGCAGCUAAUUGCACCAGCUACAACUGCCUACCAAAGGGGGAUGAACAGGCGCUUAAAGAGGCGGUCACUCACAUCGGCCCAAUUGCUGUCGCUAUUGAUGCCUCUCGGCUGACGUUCAUUUUUUACCGCAGUGGAGUGUACAGGGAUCCAACGUGUUCCAAAAAUGUCAACCAUGGAGUGCUGGUGGUUGGCUAUGACACUCUUAAAGGACAUGACUACUGGCUGGUUAAAAACAGCUGGGGCAGAGGUUAUGGCGAAAGGGGCUACAUCAAGAUUGCAAGAAACAAUGGCAAUGAGUGUGGCAUUGCCCUCUUCCCCUGUUACCCAAUUAUGUGAGCUUAAAGAAAAACAAUAAUUGUAUUGUCUAAAAUUUUUAAACUCUUUCAAUAAAUAUUUUUUUACUGUCUA